CGCGCGUGAGGUGAUUUAGCGAAGUGCUAUUUGUUUACUUUGUACAUUUCGUUUAUAUAACUAAAAAAUAACCAUGAAGGCUGCGGCGAUGUCUGUAUGGGUGUUUAUAAACCUUCUGUGUUUCGGGAUGUGUGGCUACUUAUAUCUUAUUUGGUCACAAUAUUGGAUGUACAUAGAAAAACAAAGACUGUUUAACAAAACACCUGCGACGCCGCAAAAAGCUAGCGGCUCCAUAUUAAACGAGCAAAAUACUUACAUUUCAGAGCAAUAUCCAUUACGAAUAUUGUAUAAUUCAACGUCACGAAUGGAGUCAAUGCAUAAAAAUCGUAGAUCUGCGGUGGGUGCGUUCUGGAGCAGUAUCGUAGUAGGCAAACCUUCGAGCUCACAAGAUCAUCCGUCCAACAAUGUAGUAAAGAAAGUUCAUGGCAGCCCCAGAUUUCCUAACAUACAUAAACAAAUACUAGAGUUCGACACCGAUAAAUAUAUGUGCGAGGAUUUCACGACAAUAGAUUGCGAAGAGCGAACAAAAGAAUUCAAAGAGUUAUUAUUAAAAGAGUUUCAUAGAGUGCUGAUGGGAGAUAGCAAAGUCUUUCGGUCGGGUUUGAAUUCACAGAAUCCAUACGACGUUAAGUAUGAAGUUGGUAAUCAGAAGGAACGAUCGAAGCAGGAGGUGAUGUGUGCGUUAAAGCGUGUGAGGGUUCGGACCGUGCUGCGGAGUGAGGAGCCCUUCGCGCGGCUCGGAUAUCGCAUUCCUAUCGCGCCUCUGCUGGCCGGCCGAACCUUCAACACCUGCGCGGUGGUCACUAGCGCGGGAGCGUUGCUUGGCUCUCGGUUGGGUGAUUUUAUAGAUUCUCACGACAUGGUGUUAAGAUUCAACAAUGCACCUACAGAAAACUACACUGAGGAUGUUGGUACUAAAACUACUAUACGUAUCCUUAAUUCCCAGGUCGUAACCAAACCAGAGUAUAGGUUUUUAGAUGAUCCAAUAUACAAAGGAAUAUCUCUACUAAUAUGGGACCCAGCGAAUUAUUCUUCAUCGUUGGAAAGUUGGUAUAAUCACCCAGACUAUCCGCUGUUUCCAGUAUAUAAAAAGUUGCUUGAAACAACACCUGAUAUAGAUGUACAUUUGCUGAACCCUCAGGUUCUGUGGUCUUUGUGGGCAAUUCUUCAAGAUACGUCACCUUAUCGUCUGCGGAGAAAUCCACCGUCUUCUGGUUUUCUCGGCAUAUGGUUUGCUCUGCACCGGUGCAACAGGAUCCGCGUGUUUGAGUACGUGCCGUCUGCGCGGGCGACGCGCCGUUGCCACUACCACGCGCCGCGCGACGAUCCCGCCUGCACGCUCGGCGCCUGGCACCCGCUCGCGCAGGAGAAGGCUUUGGCUGAAUCUCUACGCGACAACUCGGACGUAGAUGUGUUCCAGAGAGGGUUUAUUGAUAUCACUGGGCUUCGGAAUAUUCAAUGCUGAGACUGUUGGGUUUUCAUACACCCUUUAAUGUUUAAGGGUUUAUUCCAUCAGAUCUAAUAUUGACAGAUUUCGGAUUGUGGAAAUUAAUAUGUCGACGAAAUUAAUAUGACGUGUACAUAAAUAAUAUUUUUUUUAAACUAAAUACAUAGAUUGGGAUAAUCUAAAUAAUUGUCGGGCAAGGAGACUGAUUUUGUUGUGAUGUGCUGCAAUUACAAUUAGCGUAUGUAGGAUACAUAAUCUAACCGCUAGUAGAUAAAAAAAAACAAAUUGUGUCACUUUAAGAAAUAAAUUCAUGUAACUAUAGGAGACAUGUUUAUGACAAUAAAGUUAAAUUUAAGCUUAAUGACAAUUUGUUGAAAUUGAUACAAAAUUCCGGAUUAUUGUGUCAUUUUAAUAAAAUAUAAAGCGUAUUAUUUAAAUACCCUCACAACUGUAGAGCAGCCUCACAGCAGUGGGACUCGCAAAUAAAAAAGAACUCACCAAAAAUGACCAUUGAAAGUCGAUGAAGCCAUGGUCACACUCGUGCGAGUAAAAAAGAGGCUUCCUAGGACUCAAGGCAUUAAUGCUAAUAUAGUUCAAAUAAUGAAGGUUUCAUAUUCAUAUGUGACCGACUCAAAUGUGGUAGAGUAUCUUUGUAGCAAAUCGGUAUUAGUAGUAGAGCUAUAGGAUGAAUACAUCUACUGGACCGGGUGUGACGUAAAUAAUAUAAUGUAAAUAAAUUAUGGGCAUUGUGAUUUAUGAGAUUUAACAUAUAUCUUUUUU